GACAAUCUAAUCUAAUCUUCGACUACUCGAGUAGAGGUUUCCGGUCGACUGGAAAAAUAAGAGUGAGGCUCUUAUGCAUCAUACCUUAUGCCGGGUAACCCGGCCGCCAAUCCAUAAUACUAAAUUCUGGCCUAGCCAACCUUACUCAUAAACCCACCCUUCUUAUCAAGCAAAUCCAAAUGCUAUCCUUUCCACCAAAACCAUGAGUGUCACAAAGCUCAUCGAACAUGUGCUCGAGGAGGUAUCUAUCGACGGUUCUGAAGGUAUUUUAAAAUUCCUUUACCUCCUCUUUGAGAUAACUAUCAUGCGGCACUUUUUGUGCUUGGAUGGUGGGGCAGCUACGGCUACGAGAAAUCGUAUUUCUAGGGAUAAAAUCUCUAUUAAUUGGGUUGGAAAGUUCGGACGAGAAUUCUGUUCAAAUAAUUGAGCCUCAAUACCCUUUUCGUUAGGGCUGGGUAAUUCCCAAUUUUUUGACUCGGGCCGGCGCUGGUUCGAGUCACGCAGCCAUUACUAUCCUGAGCAUUUUUUUCCUGAGUGUGCUGUUGGAAAAUUGCUAACUAGAAUUUCAACAACCAGGCACGACCAUAAAGCAACUCUUCGUCUAUGUGACUGAAUUCUAUACCAAAACUCUUGUACCGAAAGUCGAGAUUAAUUCUUUAUGUGGACCACCGCAAAAUCCCUGGGGUCCCAGUGCUUACGGAAGGGAGAGGGGAGAGGCAGAUUGUGGGUCUUCCACUACAUCACAGAGUCAGCCUGUCUAUUGGGGGGUUCCGAAAAUGAGGGACGAGUUCCAGGAUUAUGUCUGGGAUAUCCUACGGCAGCAGGAUGAUUUUAAGGUUGGGAUCAAUGGUGAGGGAAACGAGCUAUCAUUGAACGAGAUUGUCGCCGAUUUGAGAAAUCAAACCGAAGGCAAUAAGGAGGAAGCAGAUGAUGAAGAAAGAGUAUGGAGGGUCUAUACUUCUGAAGGGAGACAUUGGAGGACACUUACUGGACAUGGCCCGGAUUUGAAGCGGGUGAGAUAUCUUUUUUUGGUUCUACUGGGUACUAGGAGCCUUGUACUGAGAUGCACGCCAAGGUUCCAAACGCCGUUUUCAAAUGUUUAGAAGUAAUCGCCAAACAUAGGGAACAAGGCCUCAUCCAACCGGAAUUGACCAAGAUUACUGGUCAGGAUAAGAAAUCUGUUGCUGGGCGUACAACUAUUCUCAAGAAUUUGGGCCUGAUAGAGAAAGUCAGCGUAUUAGCAAAAAGUCUCAACACCAGUAAACUUACCCUUACGAAAUAUGCUCUACAACGGGAUAUCAAACGUCAAGUUGCUCAAGAGUCCAAAGAAGUCGUUGCUAAGAGGAGAGGGAAGAAAUUUCUCGAUAGCAAGAACGAUGCGGCCAAUAUCGCCUGGACCGGGGCCACCAUAGAUACCGAGAAACUGAUCAAGGCAAUCUUCUCAGAGCUCAAGGGGGCUAAAAACCAGGUUUUGAUGCACAGUGAUUUGAAACGGAAGCUGGUGCGUAAGAAUAAUUGUUUCUUGAAGUAUCUACUAAUUUGAACACUCAGGGUAUGGACAAAUCCCGCUUUCACUGGCGAUGCUUCUCUAGAAUUCUACGAAAAUUGGAGUCCUUGGGCGUUAUAAGAAGGAUCAGAGUUCCACUCAAAAUCUUGAGAAAGUAUAAGAAGACACAAGGCCCUGCUGAGAUUGCUAUAACUGAGCAAUGCCAUGCGCGAUGCGUUCGGCUCAUUCGAGAGAUGGAGAGGGACGAUUGGCGCAAGGUCCUUACUACCUUCUCUAAGCGAGAAUUCAUAAUGGAAGACGAGGAUGACGGUGAAGCUGAAGGGUCGGAAGACGAAGCUGCUAAAGGUAGUAAUAAUAUUGAGGAUGAAGACCCUGUGGUCGCGCAGCAAUUAGGGCAGGUCAACGUCGACGAGGCGGUAGAAGAAAUUGUUAGAGAUCCACCACAGUGGAGAAAGGAUAAACCUUUGACGACUACAAUUUUCGAUAUUGUGGAUUCUUGCGGGAAAGAUGGCAUCUCAAGCAUGGUGAUGCCUCGCGCUAAAACAGCUUUAUUGAUUGAUUGCUAACUGGAGUUUAGGAUUUGAUGUACAAUACCAUAGGAAGUUUUUAUUACAGACCAAUGGACCAAAUUCUUCAUCGAUUAACUGAUUACCCGCAGCAAUCACAGCCGCCACAAUAUAUGCACCUUGCCAUUAUCCGUGAAACCGGUAUUUCCGGACGCCAGACUCAUUACAGGUAUUUUAGCUACCGGUGGCAUCAAGAAUUGGUGGCCGAAGGUGUAGCAGUGCAGCCAUGGGGACCUGCAAUCAAGAAAAAGGGUUCGAAGCAAGUUUCGCACGGGGCGAUAACCCAAGUCACGGAGACACCUCUAUCCCUUGACGAGUACGGAUUUCCAGUUCCUAAUGCUUCCAGAUUUUUGAAGAACGAUGGCUCUGCUACCCUUGCUGAAAGUCAAUGGGAGGGGAAAAAGAGCGAGCGGCUUGACUCCCUAAAAGCCCAGUUUAGAGUUCUCAGGAACAAAGCAGGCGAAGAGCAAUUGGAUUGGAAGAAUUCUUCGCGUAAGAGACCCAACGAUAACCCGAAUUGUUGGUCAAGAAGCUUACAUUUGGAUAGCUCGCGGUGGGAGACCCCGGAAAUAUGAGAAAGGGAAAGAACCAUACCUAGCCGCCAAGAGACGCGCAGAGGCUAGGCGAAUUAUCGCCGAAAGGGUCACCGGUUCAGUUGAGCCAGAUAAUGCAGAUCCAGACGGGGUGAACCGAGCAAGGUCCCCUUCAAAUGAAACUGAGGGCGAUGCUUUAGCGAGGGAACCUCCCCAAAAGAGAACCAGGGUCGAGGAGCUUUUGAACCAGGAGGACCUAGAGCCACCGGCGCCUCCAAAACGACGUGGACGACCACCUGGGGUUAAGAAUGGCGAGGGCAAAAAGAGGCAGGCAGCUAAAAAGCGAGAGAAAAGGCCUAAAGUAAUACCGAAGAAGUCUACGAAGAAAUCGGGGGUGACGCGGGAAGCCCAGGAGCCCGAGGAACAGGAUCCCCAACUUGACCUCACUGGUGCCGAGCCAGGACGGAGUCUUCAGGAGAAUCCCGGAUCUCUGGGAAAACGCAAGGCCCAGGCGGCGGGCGGAAAAACGGGACGGGCAAAGCGUAGAAAAGAGACCGGUCAAGCAAGUCUUCCAGGAGACGACGGAGGGAUAAUUUACGAUUCCAUCGUUGUCAGACCAAGUACUGAGAUUUCAUCGGACGCCAGGAUAAUCGGCAGUGCGGGGCCGGUACUCGUAGGGAAAGCUCUAGGGAAUAUUGACCAGCUUGUUAACCAACCUUCAAAAGAGCCAGCUAGGGUAGUUGAUGGCGUACAGCUGGAAAUCGAACAUCUAGAUGUUGAAGGUAAUGAUUCAUAUGGCUCGAUUGGAGGGAUGCUUGCCAUAUCUCGUCAACAGGUUGUCCUUGAUCUUCUCAAGGAAAAUAAUGGAGUAUUUCCCAGUGGAAACGAACUACGCCACGCGUAUAGCAAGCGAUACCAAAAGAGCAAUCCUAAGGCAGGGGUUUGCGAUCGACGAUUGAUUCGUGGUAUCGUUCAGUCUCUCCAAUGCAGAAAAAUGGCAUAUCAGAUCACGUUCGAUUUCAUCAGUUCACGGGGUAUCUUCAUUACCAAAAAGUUGCUAGUUGAAUCUCGCUUGACCCCAGAUUCACCCCUUGUGGAUGACAUGGUGAGGGAGAUGAUAGCAGCAGACGGCAACCUUUGGUUCCCUCCGAACACUGAAUUACAUGACGAUAUUCAAGAGCGAUUCGUGCAGCCUCCUAGUUGGUCGUUGUCAAAGCCUAGAAAAUUCGAGGAAGUGGAAUUCGACAGAGUUUACCCAACCUCGGUCUCGGAAUUAAAGCAGAAACGCGAGGCCCGGGCGAUGGAACGUGCUGCGACUAAGGCUGCAAAAUUAAGCGUUAUUUCCCGACCCCGUGGUCGCCCUCGCACAUACCCUGUGGACGAAGUGUUUAACCAUCGGGCGGGUGGUAAGUUUACAGAUGAGCAGAGGGAAGAGGCAGCGAAUCGACGCCGGGCAGAGCUCAAGGCUGAGAAAGAACUGAUGAAAUUAAAUCACAAAUAUCGGACUGAGGCCACUAAUAUCGAUCCUUGUGAUCCAUCUCCAAUAGUCGAUGGUCUACCGAGGAGGGUUUGGUGGAAUGAAUUUGUUGAGAGAGAUUUGAACGAACCGAGAGACACUGAUCCCUUUUUGCAGCAGAUAUAUCAUAUUGAGAGGUGGGAAAAGGCAGUCGGAUCCGAGGGACUCCGCACGAUGGUUGAGAAAGCAGAUGGCAUGGUUAUGAUUAAUCUGUUUGCGCCUCCUGUUGUGAAAGGCGAUAAUUUUGUACAGGCACCGGUGGCAAAUAUGGAUAAUCGUAUUGCAGCUCCGGAUUUCAGCGCGCCGUUACCCGCUGGGCCAAAGAAGCGUGGUCCUAAACCAAGGCCCAGGAAGGUCCGAAACGACCCAGCUAAGGCACGUACUGUGGAUGUGUUGAUGGGAGAGCGGCCUGCGAAGAGGAAGCGCAGACGUCCGGGAACGUACGAGAAACCGUUGACCAGGCGUGAUAAAGCAAUGGCGGCAAUCCGUGAUAACCAAUUGAAGCCAUCUGAUGCGGAGCUUUUAACAGAACGUAAGCAUCAGUAUCAAAGCCAGUUGCUUCGCGUAGCUGACCUUCUUGCUGCACAGUUCCCCCUAGAAGAUUCCAGUUCAGGAACCAGUACAUCAUACCCAAGGAAGAUGAAGAUACCCUCCUGAUCGCUGUGAUUAUUGUCAGAACGAUAUUUGGUGGUUGGGAUAGGAAGAUCCAUUGGGAUCUUCUCACGAAAGCCCUUCCUCAGCAUCCCGUGAUCACCUUACAGCGGCGCUGGCCUCGCGUCCGCGACACUCACAAAGCGCAUAUGAAAAAGCUUCAGGCUGAAUUUGAGGAUAUGUUUCUUGAAGCUUAUGAAAGCGGGGAAGUACCACCCUUUGACUUGGACGAUCCUUCCUCUUUCGACCUGCUGUUUCAUGUGAACUGGUUUCGUGAGAAUCUUGAGUUACCUGAGUGAGUUUAUCAUAUGUCUAGAUUACCGAUGCAAGAUUACUGAUUACUUGGGAUCCAGAGCUGAAGCCGUUCCCCAACUUCCUGCUACCCGUGAGGCCUUUGACGCUCAGUAUGACCUGCGGGUGGAGCCACCAAAACCAUGGAGAAACGACUAUCAUAACCCUCUCAUGACUAUGGGACAUAGGGUUAAUCAUUUUAUAUGCCAUUCCUACGACUUGCCCUUGGACGAUGGAAAGGGCAAGGGCAGAGAUGAGGAUGACAGGGAAGUAGAAUACAUCAAGUCUGUGAUAAAGGUAGCUUUUUCGAUCAAUCCCUUGUUAUCUAGUGCCUUGGCUGACCCAAUUUUAGGCCAAUAUCGUCACCGAUUCCCCCGACGAUAAUCCAAAGAGAGCUUUCGAAAUAUUACACUCCUGCCCCGAGCGUGUAGUCGACGCUGCGUUCUACAAUCUCUCCAUUAGUAGAGCAAUCUCGCAUAAAAAGAGAGACCGUCUUAGAGCAACACCAGGGCCAAAUUAUGAGUUUACAGAUAAAUUCCACAUGGCACUUAAAACGCCUAUGGACGAAAAUCUGUUUGCCCAGGCCGUUGCAUACGAACGAUAUCUCGAGGAAAACUUUGCUAAGUAUAAAGCAAUUGAGGUAUCCCCUCUGACCAAUGAUGGAUCCAUGGCGUGUAUUUUUGCCAUGGUCGCUUCUCGUAGGGUAUGGAUCCGCUCCUCCACUGCGCCUCGAAUAUCGGUAACUGAUUUUCCCCAUAGCUUCUAUUGGGGCGGAGUGGCUAUGUAGUCGACGAAUUCGGCCUAAUAGAUGGCUACAAGACCCGCGCAAUGGACAAGAAAAAGGUCGACUUCAAAGUACAUAUCCGGCCCGGGCCCGACUAUCACAGAAAGCCCAACCCAAGCCCAGCCCCCCCAAUCCCGCGGGGAAACAUGGAUCCCGCGAGUAGAGAGCCCAUCCGCCUAUGGAUCAGUCUCGACGGAACGGCCGUUGCGGGAAUGUGGCUAAAGGUGCUAACAGCCGUUGCCACAACCAUCACGAGCCGCCCCGGGAUCCCGAAUCGGGAGAUAUCUAAAGUUCUCUUUCCCUGUGUCUCGCUGGUCGAGCUCGAUGAUAUCCUUGCGUGGCUGGCUGAGCGUGGAUGCAUAGAGCGCAGGGGUGAGGGGGCUAAUGCAGGGAAUUGGGUGCGUGAAGGGUAUUUUCUGGCUCUUAAGGGUUUGGAUUAUCUUCCUGCUUGAGGCGUUGGGGACUGUUGGCUUGAGUGGUAUUGUAAAAUGGGGUUGGGUGGGGGGGAUUGGAGUUUUCUUGUUUGAUUUGAGUACUUUUGUGUAAUGGCACCUGGGAUCUUUGUAUGCCUGCCUUUCUUCUCCUAUGUCUUUUCUGCCGUAUAAUUGAUAGCGUGGUUGGGGCGAGGGGGAGUUUUACCGUGGCUUGGUAUAAUAUUUGAGCAAUCAGCACUGUACUGUACACACGGCUGAUAUUCACUGAUUGGUAGG